UCUCUCUCGCUCUCCCAUCUCUGCUCUGUGGAUGGAGUACUUUGUAGUGUAAGUGGGAAAGUUCCCUCGCUGUGCUGGCAACCUGGGCCUGCCUUGCAAGCGCAACGGGUCUCGGCCGGGCCCUGGACCUGCAAUCCCAAAUAUCCAUGGCAUCUUUACACUACGGAGUACAUACAGUAAAGACUAGACUCUCUCUCAUACUCCAUGGAUGAUGGACCAUCGCUCGCCCUCCAAGAUGAAGGGCCCACGGUCUAAUGUAGCUCCCACCCGGGGCCACCCCUCCAUCAAAGUCCACCCUCCUCCUCGAGCCUUGAGGAUUUCGAUCCUAUCCACAAGUCCACGUCCCUCCAGGCCUCCCCUCCCCUCCCCUGCCCCCAUGCUCUCCUAUGCCCAUGUACAUCCACCAUGGGCUCCACGGGCUAAAAGGACUCUGACCUCCCUCUCCCCUUCUAAAUAUCAUCUCGCCCUUCCUCUCUUUCACCUACUCUUUCUCACCUUUCUCUCUCCACCGCACAGUCUUUCGUUGUCAGUCUUCGGACACAUUCCAUUCAUUCAGCCUCAGCCCACGCUCUCUAUCGAGUAUACCAUUCGUUCAUUUGCGCAAACUGUGUCUUGCAGCCAACACUUUUGAGAAACAUCCCCGCGAAAUUGAUCUUUCGCCCCUUUUACGAUCCCCGAUCCGAACAAGCAAAACCCGUCUACCCUCGUGGAGGUAUUCUAAAGAGUCGUUGGAAACAACCCAUACACAACUAUCAAAAUGAAGUCCUCCAUUGCCGCCGUUGGCCUCAUGGCCUCCCUCGCCAGCGCUUCCGCCUACCAGCCCCGCCACUUCCACUGGCGCCGCGACAACACCACCGCUCCCGCCGGCUACACCACCCUCACCGUCGAGGUCACCGAGGUUGCCACCGUCACCUCGUGCGCCCCUACCAUCACCAACUGCCCUGCUCGCAGCGCUACCCUCUCCGCCUCUGACCUCUCUACCUACGUUGUCACCAACACCGUCGUCUUGACCGAGGUUGUCUGCCCCGUCACCGAGGCCGCCAGCCUUUCCAAGUCUCUGGUCCAGCAGCACUCCACCGGCGGUCUCCAGGGCUCUACCCGCACCGCUCCCGUCAUCACCACCCCUACCGCCGCUCCCUCCAUUCCCCUGUCCACCGCUGGUGUCACCAACUCUGCUCAGGACCCUACCGUCACCAGCCCCCCUACCGCUGGUGGCGACGAUGAGGAGGAGGACGAUGACUGCCCCGCUGAGGAUGGCGAUGUCGUGACCACCGUCACCCAGAUCAUCUCUACCAAGACCCUUACCAUGACCGUCGGCAAGGGCUCUACCGCUUCCGUCGUUACCACCGCCAUCCCCACCACCAUUGAGUCUACCAUCGUCGUCACCAAGCCCACUGGCUCUGCCACCGGCGCCGGCGAGGAGCCCACUACCACCACCACUGCCACCUCCACCGGCACCCGCACCGUCACCAUCAAGCGCCCCGGCCAGACCGCCGAGUCUGCUUCUCCCAGCGGUACCCUCGGUGCUGACGGCCAGUGCGCUUGCCCCUCCGCCGUGACCGUCACCAUCCCCGCCUCCACCGUCUACGUUACUAUCGGUGGCUCUGCCCCCGCUGCCACCCCCUCUGCCAGCGCCAGCAAGACCGCUUCCGCCGAGGCCCCCGUCACCACCGGUGAUGUCGGUGCUGACGGCGAGGACGAUGAGGAGGAUGACUGCCCCGCCGAUGAGGACGUUGUCACCCUUUCCACCACCGUCACCGUUGCCCCCUACCCCACCAACGGCACUGCCUCCGGCGCCGCUAAGCCUACCGGCUACUACAAGCGCUCCAACAAGCUCUUCUAAGUGUUUGAUGUAGAUUUGGAUUUCCCCCCCGCAUGUCAAGCUAUAUUUGGUUAUGAGAAGAAUCUAUGAUUCAUGAACAAACACAUUCUUAUCCUUCUUACACUUUUUUGUCUUGUAUACACUUCUUGGGGUGAAAAUAAAGCGAAGUUUUUGUACAAAACAACACAAAGCCGGGGUGGGAAAAUACAAACAACUCGCACUUUAUUCUUCGGUCCUGCCUGCUUUUUUUGGUGUGGUGUUCUUUUUUGUCUAGAUGGGAAAGAAAAAGGGCGGACAACCUUUUUGGUAUGGCGAGUCCAUUGGAAGGGUUGUCUUUUUUUGCUUGCCUGGUGGUCCAAAGCAUUUCUGUGUGUGUGUUUUUUUUUUAUGGGAAAGAUCAACACCGGGCAUCAUUGCAUUCGCGUAGCGGGUCGUUGGGGACCAAACAGAUUUAUUUUCUAUUGUUUCUUGUCUCAAAGAAAAAAUCCAGAAAACUUUUUUCACUUCUACUUUGUACAUACUAUUAUACUCGACGAGAACACGUCAAAAUGGG